AUGCCGUCCAAACAGCCCCAGACCUCGCUGUUCCAGGUCUACCUGCGACUGCGCCCUCCCAUGACCCAAAGACCUGACGAUGCUGACCGUUUCCUGACCGUUGAGCCCCCAGAGGCAUCUCAAGAUGACGGAGAGAUCGUUGCGCCCGUUCCAACACAUAUUACCCUCCAGCCGCCUAAUGACCUGCGCAAACGCGCUAUUGAGAAAUUCGGUUUCACAAAGGUCUUCCAAGAAGAUGCGACACAAUUGGAUGUUUUUCACGACACCGGAAUGGAACCCAUUAUCAGAGGAGUGCUGAAAGAAGGCCGAGAUGGGUUGGUUGCCACACUCGGAGUGACUGGAAGUGGAAAGAGUCACACCAUUCUAGGAUCUAAAUCGCAACGAGGCAUGACCCAGAUGGCCCUCGACGUCAUUUUUCGAUCGCUUGAGCCUACCAAAAAAACCGAGGAUGACAGCAUCAGCCCUUUAACACUCGCAUCAUUAGCCGCUUCGGACGCCUCGGAGGCCCAAAUAUUUUCAGCCCAAACUUUCCUGGAAGCCGUCUACGGCGAGCCUAGUGCUGGCCGUAACUCGAGAGCCCAAACUCCCAUGAGCCCAUCUCGCGCACACACUCCGCAAACGGUACGGACUUCCAACCCCCCAAAUUCCCAUGAAGGAUCGCCGACCAAGCGAGUACCUGUACCUGGACCCGGUCUUCCCACAAUUCCUGAAAGCCUUCGAAGCCCAGACCCCAGCCGGAUUUACAGUCCCAAUGGCGUGGAUCAACUCAGCUUUGACACAUUGUCAACUGAGAAACCCAGGAGGAUCGACCCCAGAUCCAUGACCCCUCUCCCUUUUACCCGUCCCAAUAUUCACGAGGACCGUUUAGCUAAAUCACGACUUUAUGUCUUUAAGGAGCCGACACCUGCAUUAGUAUUUCCCCGCCGCCAGCCCCGCGAACGCCCUCCUCCUACCCCGAGACUGCCAGACGUGAGCCAUCUUGCCGUGGAGCUAAACCCGAGCUCCGACUACGUGGUACUGGUAUCCAUGUACGAAGUUUACAAUGACCGCAUUUUCGAUCUGUUGUCGCCCUCAAUCGUACCUGGCCAAGGGAACAACGUGUCCCGCGGAAACAUUCAGAAGGACCGACGUCGCCCCUUGUUAUUCAAACCUACCGAAGGAUCUCCAGACCGAAAGCUCGUUGCAGGUCUCCGAAAGAUUGCCUGCAGUAGCUACGAAGAAGCCUUGGCUAUUCUCGAUGUCGGGUUGACAGAGCGCAAGGUCACAGGUACUGGAGCUAAUAGUGUUAGCUCACGGAGUCACGGAUUUUUCUGUCUUGAAGUCAAGAAGCUGGCACACAGCAAGCGACAAGGCGAGGCAACCUGGACCGGAAAUACUCUGACAGUCGUUGACUUAGCAGGCUCUGAACGUGCUAGGACCGCAAAGACUGCUGGCGCAACACUUGCAGAGGCUGGUAAAAUCAACGAGAGUCUGAUGUAUCUUGGCCAAUGCCUGCAAAUGCAAAGCAACCUCCAAGAUGGGGUCAAGACUGCCCUCGUUCCGUACCGCCAGUGCAAACUGACUGAACUUCUGUUCUCUAAUUCCUUCCCCUCAUCCAACCAGAUGUCUCGGGGCCAGUAUCCUCAGAAGGCCGUAAUGGUUGUGACUGCUGACCCUCUUGGGGAUUUUAAUGCUACCUCUCAAAUCCUGCGUUACUCAGCACUGGCACGUGAGGUGACAGUGCCUCGCGUCCCAUCUCUGACUGAGUCAAUCGUUUCUGCGGUCUCUGCGCGCGGUCGAUCGACUAGUGGUCGCACAUCACCCAAUGACGCAUCUGCUAUUGCCGAGGACCUCGGGCGUGCUAUGGCUGAAAUUGCCAGGCUAUCGAAGGAUUGCCAUGGGCUUGCUGUGCGAUUGGCCGAAGAAGAGAUUGCUCGCUCGGAGGUUGAGCUUAGAUUGCAAGCUGCUGAAGAUCGAUGUGUGAUGAUCGAACAAGAGGUUCGGGAGGAAUGCUGGGCUGAUAUGGAUGAGCAAAUGGAGCAAGAACGGAAACGCUGGCAGACUGCAUGGGAUGAGCAGAUUGGCCGCAACGAUGACCACAUUGACAAGAAGAUCGAGCUUGUCUCACGCGGCUUCAACAUCUACGAAGAUCCCGAGCAGUCAAUGAAUGACAGAGUGGAAGAUUUGGAAAACGAAAAUGAGCAACUUCGUCGCCGUCUGGCCAUCCUCGAACGCGAAAUGAAUUCUCACUCUCCAACUCGCAAGCCUAGGGCAAAGCAUGCCCCGCCCUCUCCCAACAGAACAGCCAACCGUCUCGGCCGGGAGAGUGACAUUGAAAACGCCCUCCAACGCAUGAACCAGCUCAAUCUUACCGACAGCAUGUUCUCGCCGCCUUCUCCCACGCCAAAGUCUUCUUCCCCUGGUAAGAAGACGAGAAAAAUAUCGACUCGAAAGUGGGAUUUGGCACCGGAGAGCGACCUCUAG